AUGGCAGACUGCUUCAGACGUCCCGACCCGCUGGUGUUUGAUGGCAACAUUGCGGAGAACUGGCGCGUUUUUGAGCAAGAAUACGACAUUUUCGUCGCGGCAGCUCAUUCAGACAAGUCUGCACGGACAAGGGCCUACAUUCUCCUGAAUCUAGCAGGCCCUGAAGCAAUCGAGAGGGAGCGCUCUUUUGUCUAUGCAGCGGAGGUGUUCAGUGGAAUCACGUUGACGAAGUUUGGAGGAAUCCUGAUCCUGGCUUUGUCCAAGUCUCAGAUCUUCCAGGUUUUCUACUUCAGGAUGUAUCUGGCCAUGGUCCUGCUCGGAGCCACCCACGGACUCAUCUUCCUCCCGGUCCUCCUCAGUUAUAUAGGUCCUUCGGCCAACAGGGCCAAGGUUGCGGCAGCAAAGCGGAGGGUCGCUGGUACAGAAAGGGAACAUCUGUUGAACUAUUAA